CGCCGGCGUGUUCUGUUGGGAGGCCCUUUUGUGAGGGGGAGGGAGGCCCUCUGCCUCCCCCAGGCUGUGUGCAGCAGGAGAGAAUUGCUAGAAAACACAAGCACUUUGGACCGUUAUCUGGAGGAGCUGAAUAUGAUUAAGGAAUGUGAGACUAUAUGCAGGGAAUCUCAGCAGGACAGUCUGAAGAUCAAACAAGCAAUAGUUACUGCUCCUAGAAGCAUGAGCAUUUAGCUCUUAUUGGAAGAUUUAACACAUUAGGUCAAUCGCGUUGUUUAAGAACAUUAUCCUCUUCAGAGGUCAAAGAGUCCACAUAAGCCUGUCAUGCAUAUAAAUAAAAAUAUUACUAAUUAAUUCAUUGGGUGUUCUGAAGUUCACAGGAAGUAAGGAUAUCUUUUGAAGUAAGAGAAAUGAAAAAACAAACUCCUCAUCUCAGGGUAAUGACUCACAGAAAUAUAUCUGUGGAAGAAGGCAGUGAUGACAUAAAUCCAAGUUCCUCUGAAAGAGUUAGCAGAGAAAAUGCCACAUGUAGUCAUGAAAGUAGUGUUGUAAAACUGCCUGUAAUAGCAUCAUUUGCAGGUACCACUAAAAAAAUUGUCAUGGUUAAGCACCCAGCACCACUUCAGAAGCCAAGUUACUGCAGGUCUAAUUUUCACACCAGUAAUUCCCCUGUGUCAUUGGGAAAGGCAAAAGCUGUUAGUAAAGUAAAGGAUAGAGUGCAUAUACUAAAGACGAAUCCCCCAAAUUUAGAAAGGGAUAGAACUGAAGAAAUAGGCACUGUGUUUAAAGAUAGUGGUGACUUUAGCUCUACAGAUUUGGAUACAAAUAAAAACAUUUCCAGGAAGGAAAAAACAUCCAGGGAAAGCUGUAAGAAGGGGAGCAAAGUGAUUUCAAAAGCAAAGCAGCAAGAUUUAAAUGUUGAAUCAGGAAGAGUGCUGAGAAAAGGAAGCAAGCAGCCAAGUGUGAGGUCUGCUCAAGAACAGUUGGAAGAGGCACGAGAUGUGACUAGACCAGACACUUCAAAAAUAUACGAGAACUUCCAGCAGAGCAAACCUGAAGAGCCUACUUCCACACCAGCAUUGCCUGUGAAAGUGGUUGCAAAGUCUGUUGAUGAAAUAACUGCUUCCCUGCAGUCUACUUCUCCAUCUCCCUCAGACCAGACGAUCAAAGAACUCCUGGAGAGUGUUCUUGGCCAGAAAUACAACAUAAAAAUGGAACAGGUACUGGUCGAACAUAAGGAAAUAACAUCUGAAUCUCAAGAUAGCAAAGAAGUCCUGCCAAGUUUUCACCAAGCAAGCCUGACACCAGUUGUUCAAAAAGAACCUCAAGCAGCGGAAAAUGAGUCUCAGCCUACAGAAGAGAUAUUAACAUGUAAUAAUCAGGUGAAACAGGCUCCAUCUGCAGAUGUGCUACAAGUGGAAGGAAAAGCAAUAUCAAAAAUUAAACCAGAUGAAAUUCAGAAAGAGCUACAAGAGGAAAACAACUUGCAACAGUCUUUGUCUUUCCUGUCCACUCAUGCUUCAAAUGUCAAAGGUCAACAUUAUCCAAGCAUUCAUCAUCUAUGUACUGCUUUUCCUAGUUUUACGCUGCCUCCAUAUUUACAAUUGGCUUCUAGAAUUUAUCAUACUUUUGACAGAAAAGGUCACAAUAUCUUGCUUACAGCAGAGGACAUGGGCAAUAAGCAAGAAGAACCAAUCUGCUCUAAAUAUAUUUAUUUGAAAGAGCAAGCUGAAAGGAAGAGACUUUGUUAUGAAGGAGUUCCUGUUUCAGAACAGUUCCAGAAUAAUCAGACGGAUGGGAUUCACUCUCUUCCUCAUACAUCAAAAACUCCAGCUGACUGGCAAAAAAUAGCUGAAUAUAAUCUUAAAAAAACACAACUGCAACUGGUAGGAGAGAAAGUUUCCAUUUAUCCAGAAGCUUUAAAAAUGUUUUGGGCUCCUGUUCCACCAAAAUUCUUUGCUCCAAUUUCUUCUAUGAAGGAAAUUUUAUUUCCUAAAUAUGAGAGCAAUGUUAUUGAAGAUGUUGUAUUUGAAGACUUUUUAAUUGAUUAUGAAGAGUUAGAAGCUGAGCAAGAUGAUCAUGAUUUCUAUGAUUAUGUACAGACAAAAGCUCUGAGAAGAUGCCAGUCCUUGCCAAAUUUUUCUGACAGUGACAACUCAGAGAUAAGUUUAAUUAAGAGAUCAGUCUCAGCUGUGGAGGUGGCUGCUUUCGAAUGUGAAACUAAGUUAAAGAUGUCAUCUAAUUUCAAAACCAGCAUGAAAGAGUUGGAGGUUAUGAAGCAACGGAUAGCUGAGCCAAAGGUUGAGAGAGAGAUUGGGAAAAGCUCCCCUACCAAGCAUCUAUUGAAUCAAGCCUGUGAUGAUCCUCAGUCAAUGCAGACAGACACACCAGCGGAAAAAAUGCCUACUUCAACUGGACAAGAGGAUAGUGAGAAUAUUUUACUUGUGCAGAGAGCUGAAAAAGCUGGAAUUAAAUACACUAUUUUCCCAAGAAGAAAGAAAACAAAGAAAUCAAAGAAAACAAUAAAUCCUAGAAAACUAGAAGCUGUGAUUAAGAUAUUAAUUCAACCUCCAAGGAUUCUUAAAAGGUCCGUGUCUCUGGGAAGACUUCCUACUCAUGAUAAAUUCAUUAUCAAGUUGUCUCCAGCAAUCAAAGAAUAUCAGAGCCCCAGCAUUCCUUGUUUGUUAGAUUUUGAAAAGUUUGCGAAAGUGAGGGGUGGAAUUCCAAAAGAAACUUCUGCUCGCACAUGGGUCAGUGCAAUCUGGAACAGCUGGUUUGAUGAAACUUUCCCUCCUAGUGAGAAUGCUUCUGAGGGUAUUGAGCUACUAAAAGGAACUAAUGCAGUGGACUCUCAAGAAGCAAAUCUACCAAUAGAAUUAGUUGACUCAAUACAGCCUGUUCUGCUUGAAGGUGAAACAGUUAGUAUUGAUGAUUUAGAAGAAGAAGUAAGAAGACUGACUGAGAUAAUAGAAAAGGAUGAGCAUCCUUCAGCUUUUCACUAUUGCAGGCGUGGAGCAAUACAAAAAAAGUUAGGGAAGUUAAAGUCAGCAAUGGAAGACUUGGAAAAAGCUAUAAGCUUAGAACCGCUACUACUUGAUGCUUACUGGCAUAGACAUUUGAUUUACCUCUUUCAAGAUAAAAUUUAUGCUGCUUUGGAUGACCUAAAUUUCAUAACUGAGUUGAACAAAAAUAAAGCAGAUACAUACCUGUCAAAGGCUGAAAUUUACAGAAAACAGGGUGAUAAUACAUUGGCAAUCAUCAAUUAUGGUUCUGCAAUACAAUACUGCCCAACAGAUGAUGACAUUUAUUUCAGGAGAGCUGAGAUGUAUUUUGAAGAAAAUCAAUUAUUAUUGGCCAUGGAUGAUUAUGCCAAAUGUUUUCAGUAUAACCCAAAAAGAACAGAUGCAUUUAUGAAACAUGGAAUAUAUUUCUUUGACUGUUCAGUUUUGACUGCAGCUAUUCAGGAUUUUACAGCUGUGAUCAGGGAAGACCCUAGCAAUGCUCAGGCAAGGUAUACGGCAAUUCGUCUAGACCCAUCUUGUUGGCAAGCAUUCUACUAUAGAGGUUGCAUUCUACAACAGGUUGAUCCAAAAGGAGCUCUGCAGGACUUCAGUGUUUCUGUACUCAUCAAUGACACUCAGGAAAAUUUCUGUUCUUUUCUUCAUCGUGGGAUCAUUUACUCAAAGCAGUGUCAAUGGUCACUUGCAAUCUGUGACUUUGAAAGCGUUAUAGCUUUGAAUAGCUCUGUCAUCUUUGCUUACCUAAAUAUUGGUUUGAUACUGCUGUUGCAUCUGGAUCAAUACCAUGAAGCUAUUCGACAGUUUACUAAUGCAAUUAAAAUUGAUCCUCUCAAUGUUCGAGCCUAUUUAUGUAGAGCACAAGCAUAUCAUAAGAUUCAUAAUUUAUCAAAUGCUGUGAAAGAUAUGAAUCGAGCCAUUCAUCUUUAUCCAAAUAAGUCACAACUGAGGAUAUUAAGGGGACAGUAUUUAAUGGAGUUGAAGAAAUAUGAGCUGGCAAGUUUGUGUAUUCACCAACUUGCAGAAAUAGAUGAAGAAUCCUUUAAGUCUCAGCCCGUUCAGCAAGCACUCAUUCAGUCAUUUUGUCAAAAUCACAAUAAAGCCAUAGAGAGCUUAUGCAGAGCUACAGCAACUCAGCCUGAGCCUUCAAUGUUUGUUCUUCUAGGAAAAAUACAAAUGAAAGCUGAGAAAACAAAGGAUGCUGUGGAAAGUUUUAAACAAGCUAUAGAGCUUCAGAUGACCUCAGCAAAAAUCCUACAUAAUGCAUUUGAGGCUGCUGAAAUGUAUUAUCUUAUGGGCCUGUGUUAUAUGGAGCAAACAAAUUUAUUACAGGCCCAUGAUGCUUUUAAUACGGCUAUCAGACUACAUUCAAGUUACCCUGAUGCUUUUUAUCAGCGAGGGCUAUGUAGAAUGCAGCUCGGACGAGCUAAGUUCAUCCAAGAUUUCAAUCGAACACUUGCCCUUUGUCCAUCACACUUCCAGGCAUACAUGAGUCGUGCUGCUUACUAUGGAAGUAAAGGCAGAUACUCUAAGGCAAUUAUGAAUUGUAAUGAGGCAAUCAAAAUUCUUCCUAACAGUGCGAGAGCUUAUUUUUACCGAGGAACUUUGAAAUAUCAGAAUAAGACAUUUAAAGCUGCUAUUGAAGAUCUCUCCAAAACUAUUGACCUCAACAAAACCUGCAUUUUGGCAUACUAUAACAGAGCAAUCUGUUAUCAUCAAAUAAAGAACUUCAGAAAGGCUUUGAAAGACUAUGGAAUUCUUGUUCUGCAUGAAUUGAGUAAGGAAAUAAUUGUUAAAGUGUUAAUUAAUCGUGGACUACUCUACAUGGAAGUUGGUGAUUAUGCUAAUGCAUGUGAGGACUUUAAAGAAGCAGCAUUGCUUAGUCCAGACGAUAGCAAGAUCUUUCAAGCUAUUGGAAUCUGUUAUCAUAGACUUAAUGAAUUUGAAGAAGCUGUGAGAUCAUUUAACCAGGUUCUCAAACUAGAACCCAUUUCUGUGGAUACCUAUAUUGGACGAGGAAAUUCUUACAUGGAAAAUGGACACGAGGCUGGUCUUAAACUAGCGCAGAAAGAUUUCCUGAAAGCAAUUCACUUGAAUCCAAUAUGUGCGAAAGCCAGAAUUUGCUUAGGAUACAACUUGCAGGCCCAUGGAAAGCUUCAGAGAGCUUGGAACCAGUUUACAGUUGCCAUUGUUAUUGAUCCAAAGUGCUAUGCUGCAUAUGAUGGACGAGCUUCAGUCUGUCUUCAGAUGGGUGAAAAUUUUGCUGCGUUUCAGGAUAUAAAUGCUGCAUUAAAGCUCACUACCACUGCUCCACUUCUAACAAAUCGGGGUGUCAUCAAUCAGUUAAUGGGGUAUCUAUCCUGUGCCAUGAAGGACUACCAACAAGCAAUUUCUGUUGACCCCAACUAUGCAUUAGCUUACUUCAGUGCAGCAAAUAUUUACUUCCAUAAUCAUCAAUUUUCACAGGCCUAUUGCUAUUAUUCCAAGGUAUUAAAGCUUGAGCCAAGAAAUGAAUCUGCUAUUAUGAAUCGUGCUAUUACAAAUACAAUAUUAAAAAAUUUUGAAGAAGCAAGAGAAGACUUUGAGAAGGCAGUUUGCCUCAGUCCAUUCUCUGCAGCAGUGUAUUUUAACAGGGCAAAUUUCUAUAAUGGAUUAAAGCAAUAUGAACAAGCUGAGAAAGACAUUUCAACAGCAUUGGCAAUUCAGCCUAACAACGCCUUGAUGUAUAGACUUAGAGCUGAUAUUCGUGCUAAAUUGGGUUUCAGUAAAGAAGCUGUAGAAGACUACAAACAAGCAAUCAGCAUACAAGAACAGAUUGCGUAUGAAAAUACCUCAGUUCUAUUUACAGAUUUCUCAGACUUCUAAUUAAAAAAGUCCAACAUGCAAAGAAAUAUAUCUUUAUUUUUAUAUAUUUUACACACGUUUUAUUUUCCUAAAUAAUAUAAUUACCUUGAUUCAAUCCCAAAUUAGCUGGAUUUACGAGAAUAGAAUGCCGCAUUUAAUUUUUAUGAGUUAUAGAUUGUUCUUUAUUUGUUAAAGAGAGAACUGUGUUGUACAGUAAAUGAAGAACAGAGAAGUAGUAGUUAUAAGCAAGAGGCUUCAAUCAUAUUGGUGACAGAAUGAGAAGAGAUACAACUCCCUGGCCAGACGAUGACUGGAGCGUUUGGCUACCAAACCUUCUAAGAUGGCUGCCAAAUGCCUGUGACUGCUCACUAGACCUCACAUUCUACCUUAUCUCUUUCCAGUUCCCUGUCACUCACACUAGACAUUGUGCAAGGUACACGUUACAGAGCAUGAGAAGUACUCCAGGAACUGAAAUUUGAGAAGAUGAUUCAUUCUGAGAGUAAAAAAUUGAGGUCAUUUGCUUCCACUUAAAUAUGUUACACUGUCAGCUUGAAGAGGCAUGUAAAAAUGCAUAAGUAAUAGAUCAUAUUUUUUUUGUUCUAAAUUGUGAGAGUGAGCUUAAGAAUAGGCUCUCAUCUAAACAUGGAGAUUGAAGUGUGAAUCAGCGUGAACAAAAUUUAAAAACUGUCAGUCCCUACCCUACCCAGCUGCUAAACUAAACCCUCCAAGUCUGGUAUAACAUGAUGAAGACAGCAAAAGGAUGAAGCAAAAGAGAUGUCUUUGUCUCAGAAAAGAGAAAAAGAAGGAAUCUUAAGGUCUCAUUCAGAAUGCAAACAGUACUGUGGGUUCAGAUGGUGAGAAGAUUUUUAAAGGCACAAAUGGUUCUUUAAUGCCCAAUCCCAGAGAUAUGGAAAUUAUAAGUGUAUUUUUAGUUUAGAUUUAGAUAUAAAAUGCUGACAAUUUACUUCUUGGCAGGUAAGGAAGAGCAGAGGAAAAGGGGAGGGGGACCUUCACCAAACAAUAGACCUAACGCAUACUGGUAUAUGCCUGUAAUUGCCUAAUCCCCUGUAUGUGCAAUAAUUUGUAGAUAGAGAAUAAUCCAGAAUAGAUUCAAAGUAAAUAAUCUAAUUCAUAUUAAAGGAACAUUAAAGAAUAAUCAUAUAGGUUGGUUUAACUUUAUAACUGAAAUAAUUGUGUUUAUUUACUCUGAGUACUUAAAACAAUGAUAUACUCUAUUUCUGUAUGGUCCCUGUUCUUGCAAACCUAUAUGGUGAAUGUUUAGUCAAUGCGAUAGAGAGUGACUAGAAGUUUAGCUAUGUUCUGCUGUCUAAUUUUUUUUCAUUCGUAAUAUCAUAUUACAUUAUAAAAAAUCCUAUGCUUGUCACACUUAUGAUAUUUGGGCUGGAAAAAAAAUUACCAUUGAAAGGAAAUUCAGAGUAUCACAACUAAGAUAAGCUGAUGAAGAAAAGCAUUUGACUAUAUCCCUAAUCUCCUUGAUUGUCCUCUUAUCUAGCUGUUUAAUAUCUCGGAUGGUGACAGAUCUAGCAAAUGCAAUGGUUGUCUGGAAUAGAUGAAUCAUAGUCAAAAUGCAUAAAGGGUAGAAAAAGUUUACAAAACGUUGCUUUUAAUUUCUUUAUUCAUGAUUAGUAUCUCUGAUAUUUAAAAAAGAGAGUUUAUAGAUAAAAGCACUAAAUUAAAAUAUCUCUAGGUAAUGUAGGAUGUUUUUGC